UGCCCUCCUAGAUCAUCUUCACUGCUAUUGACACCGCUAUUUUAGCUGGUUCGUGUCAGAGGUUAAUGGUGCAGUAUGAUGGGAUUGUGGUUGGAGACUAGGAGUGGCCAAAUUCUGGUCUUCCUGAAGUCCCUAAGGGUGAUAUAUUGACAAGAAAUGGUGGUACAUGGACAAUCUAUAAAUAGUUGAUGGAAAAUGGAAAACUUAGACUUUGCCUGAAAAUGAAUGCUCAGCCCUGCUAAAAUGGAUCACAUAGAGAGUGUCCUACCAAGCAGGGCAGCUCCUCGCUACCCUUGAAGCAGCUCAGGAUCACUUCUGUAUCCUUGUGUUUGAGUCCCACUGAGGCACAAGGCACCAAGACUGUAGAGCCAGGGGAUUGUGGGUGUACACUGUGUGUAGUGUCUUACAUAGUCUCCCAUUCCAUGGUUUACUUUCAUAUCCGUGGUACUAUCUUAUGUGUAAAUUAGGUUGGUGUUCAUUAAGUUGUUUCUAGUGUAAAUUCUGCCAUGAUGGGCAGAGCUUAUGAGCUUAGGUUACGAAGUCAAAGAGACUGACUCAGUCCUGUUAUGUGGCCUUGGCCACAUUAGCUAAUCCCUUUAAAGAGUUCUGCAGUGGUGGAGUACCUGAUUCCUAGGGCUCUGGAUAUCAAAUGAAUGUGAUAACGUAUAAGAUACCUAGGCAGUGAUGAGCACGUGCAGUUUAGUAAGAUGGUGGUUAUCCUGAAUGGAGUGGCCAUCAUUCCCUCUUAGGAUUGGCAGGACAUGGCCAAUUUCUAAAUGUUGUGGAGCUUUGAUGGUUGAGGAAACAUUCCAUCUGCCUUUCUUUGAGUUAAUGAGCAUGGUUGAGAAAAGCAACCGAUUAGCAAUGAGAUGGUAAUCACUGAUGGCUAGGGAUUCACCAGGGAAGGGCUUUGAGGUGGUCUAAACAUUACUCCAGUCACAGCUUCCAGAGCUGUUCAGAUGAGUCCCAAAGACUUAAUGGAGAUUAAGAUAAACUUGACAAAUGCAUCACAUUUUUAAAAAGCUGUGUUGGUAUUUAAAUCUUCUUCUGAAGUAAGUAGGUGGUCAGUCUUUGUGACUCAGGCCUGGAAUCGCAGUUGGAUGUUGAGGCAGAAGGACUCUCAAGCUCAAGGCCUGCCUGGCUGCAGGACAGCUCAGGGCUAAUUAAACUGGGCAACUGAGUGGGACCUUGCCUCACAAUAAAGUGUAAAAUAAAAGUGGCAGGACUCUUGCCAAGGAUGUAGGGGGCCUGAGGCCCCGUCCCCGGUAUUGGGAGCGGGUGGCCAAAGAUGGCAGAACAGAGCAUGGGGUAUCUGCUUGUGUGCUUAUUUAACUCAGAAGGAAUGCAGAGAUUCCUUGGCUAAUUUAGCCAUCCUUAGCAUUUUCCAGUAGUCGCUGAGCUGUGCAUGGAGUUCCAUUGUUGCUGCAUGUCCACCAGGUUCCUUGCUGAGUCAAACGCAGGCACCAUGUGAGUAGAAGCUCUUAUGUCUAUAUCUGAAAGAGUGUUGGAGCAAAGAGCUCUUAUUGCCCAGAGUUACUUGCUCAAGCAGGUAUGCUGAAAGUCGCUUUAGCACCUACUUCCUCUCGAUUUAGAAUCACCUAUGAGACAUACCUCUCUCCGUAUGAGGGCAUUUCCAGAGAGAUUUAACUUAGAGGGGAAGACCCACGGUAAAUAUGGGUGGUGUCAUCCCCUAGGCUGGGAGCCCAGCCUGAACAAGAAAAGAAAGCCUAAGGAGUGUUAGCAUUCGCUCUCCGCCUCCUGGUCUGAGGAGAUGGGGAAGUCCCACUCACCUGUUCCUGUGCCCAUGAAGCUGACUGUGCACUGCUGCCUUGUCUAACCUGCUGUGGUGGGGUUCUCUUCUCCAGCUGUGACCCCAAAUAAGUUCUUUCUCCCUUCAGUUGCUUUUUGUGAGGUAUUUGGGCACAGUGGUCAGAAAAGACCCAAGCAUGGCGUUGGGUUAUGAUUCUGGCUGGAGAGUCUAAAGUGUUUGCAUUCAACGAAACCAGUAAGCAAAGAGAACAUACCGUGGUGGGCCUUACAAUCCCAGGAAUUCUGCAUCCAUAUCGUCUUUGACUGAGCAUCCUGGGAGUUUGUUUCUGUAGUAGUUGUUUUCUGUUUAUUCUGCUUUCCCUUGGCUUCCCCUCAGUUGGCAAAGUUCAGCCUGUCUUCUCUCUGAAGAAGGAUCUCACAUCCUUUGAACCUAAAAAAGUGUCAGUUUGCUUUCAUCCAGUAAUGUCUCAAUAUUUAAUUCCUAGGGAAAUGACUGAAGCUUGCCAUUUCCCGUGUGACUUGUGAAAAGCCCAUCCUGUAAAAGGCACAUAUAUAGCCACCAAGUUACCUUAGCUAAACAAGUUACCUGCCUUAGUUAAUAAUACUGAUUCUUGUUCUAAACACUUUAUACCUGAUAUCCAACUUAAUUUUUUUAUGCCAAUUCAUUGAGACAAGACAGUUGUUAUUGCUGCUAGAUAGGCAAGGAAACAGAGAAGCAAGUCUCUAAAGCAUGAACCCAUGCAGGGUAUGUAACCUUCGUCUGUACUCUUGACCACCCUCUGUAUUUGGUCAUUUAGACAGAUGUGACUGUGGUAGUGAUCCUCUGAUUGGCCUAUGCUCACUUGUCUUUUUUACAUCAAGUCAGUGAGGCUCUUAGGCUCCGUUACUAGAUAAAUAGCAAACACAUGCUGGUUACACUCCAACUCUACAAUAUUACAGUAUAUUCUGGGCACUGGAUAUUAAAGAGAAAUGUUGACUAAGUGGUCUCACAGAAGAAAGUGACCAAUAUUGGAAAUUUGGGCUAACAGCAUGGGCCCAGCAGCUUAAGAAUCUUUUCACACAAGGCUGGCAAACUUGAGUUUCAUCCCAGACCCCAUGUAGAGGUGGAAGGAGAGAAAUGACCCUAAACUCCAUACGUAUGCACUCCAUUGAUGAUGAUGGUGGUAUUUUUAAAGUUGUUGGAAUACUUGAGGAAUUAUUAUAAAGAAGGGGCAGUGAUAGGUUUGUGUGGUUGAAUUCACAGGGUUGAUCUCAACUCAACAUAAAAGAACUUUCUAACUAGAAUCAUCUAAUAGAACAGGCCCCUUGUGAGGUAAUGACCUUGCCCAUUGUUAGAAAUCUUCAGUCAUCUUCUCCCCUAUUAGCCGAAAGGGGCUCUGAGAGUCUUCAGGACAGGCCCACGGUCAGAGCGGAAAUGAACUUCUCAAGAUAAUCACUCCAUUCCGAAGGCUGAUGCUGUGUGCUGAGAACAGGAAGGAGAUGGAAGACUGGAUCAGCUCUCUGAAGUCAGUACAGAGCAGAGAACCCUAUGAGGUGGCCCAGUUUAACGUGGAGCAUUUCUCAGGGAUGCAUAACUGGUACGCCUGCUCCCAUGCCCGGCCCACAUUCUGUAAUGUGUGCAGAGAGAGCCUCUCCGGUGUUACCUCCCACGGCCUGUCCUGCGAAGUGUGUAAGUUCAAGGCUCACAAAAGAUGUGCGGUCAGGGCAACCAAUAACUGCAAAUGGACCACACUGGCCUCCAUCGGGAAGGAUAUCAUAGAGGAUGAGGAUGGUGUCGCCAUGCCUCACCAAUGGCUUGAAGGCAACUUGCCUGUGAGUGCCAAGUGUGCAGUCUGUGACAAAACAUGUGGCAGUGUUCUCCGCCUGCAAGAUUGGAAAUGCCUUUGGUGUAAAACAAUGGUACACACCGCCUGCAAAGAUCUGUACCAUCCGGUCUGUCCACUUGGCCAGUGUAAAGUGUCUAUCAUACCUCCGAUUGCACUAAAUAGCACAGAUUCUGAUGGUUUCUGUAGAGCGACCUUUUCAUUCUGUGUCAGCCCUCUGUUGGUGUUUGUCAAUUCUAAAAGUGGAGAUAACCAGGGAGUAAAGUUCCUUCGUCGCUUUAAACAGUUGCUCAACCCGGCUCAGGUGUUUGAUUUAAUGAAUGGAGGACCUCACUUAGGGUUAAGGUUAUUUCAGAAGUUUGACAACUUCCGAAUUCUUGUCUGUGGAGGAGAUGGAAGUGUAGGCUGGGUUUUGUCAGAGAUUGAUAAACUGAACUUGAACAAACAGUGCCAGCUUGGGGUAUUGCCUUUGGGCACAGGCAAUGACCUUGCUCGAGUUCUUGGCUGGGGAGGUUCCUAUGACGAUGACACCCAACUUCCGCAGAUUCUAGAGAAGCUGGAACGAGCCAGUACCAAAAUGUUGGACAGGUGGAGUAUAAUGACGUAUGAACUCAAAUUGCCAGCGAAGGCGUCUCUACUUCCUGAACCCCCAGAAGCAUCUGGAGGAUUUUAUAUGACAAUUUAUGAAGACUCUGUUGCGAAUCACCUUACGAAAAUCCUCAAUUCCGAUGAGCAUGCGGUGGUCAUAUCAUCUGCCAAGAUACUCUGUGAAACAGUGAAGGACUUCGUUGCCAAAGUGGAGAAGGCACAGGACAAAACACUGGAAAAUACAGUAGUAGCUGAAGCGGUGGCCAAUAAAUGCUCAGUGCUAAAUGAGAAGCUCGAACAGCUGCUACAAGCCCUGCACGCAGACGCUCAGGCCAGUCGGGUCCCCCCUGGGGUCGGCCCUGCGAUCCCUGAAGAAGAUGCUGUAGAGUCCUCCAGUGAAGAGUCCUUGGGUGAAAGCAAGGACCAGCUCGUGAAUGACAUUGCAAAACCCUCCUCCCAGAAAGCCGUAAAGCCCCGGGAAAUAAUGCUGCGGGCAAACAGUCUAAAGAAAGCAGUGAGGCAAGUCAUUGAAGAAGCUGGAAAAGUUAUGGAUGAGCAGACGGUUCAACCCUGUGAACCAGUUAGUCCGUCAUGUGACUAUGAUAGCCCAGAAGCAGAUGACUCUAAAGACAAUGAUACCAAAGAGUCACCAGCAGCCAAAUCCACAUCUCAGGCUCCUGAGGCCCAGGCAAUUCGUGGCCAUUUCCAAACUGAUUCUGUCGCUGGUUCAGCUAUGGCCACCACCAAAGAAAAUCUCCCUGUGCUCAACACCAGAAUAAUCUGCCCAGGUUUAAGAGCAGGACUUGCCGCCUCGAUUGCUGGGAGUUCUAUCAUCAACAAAAUGUUGCUGGCAAACAUCGACCCUUUUGGUGCAACACCGUUUAUCGACCCAGAUCUUGAUUCACUAGAUGGAUACUCAGAAAAAUGUGUCAUGAACAAUUACUUUGGGAUUGGAUUAGAUGCAAAAAUUUCAUUAGAAUUUAAUAAUAAGAGAGAAGAACACCCUGAAAAAUGCAGAAGCCGAACUAAAAACUUGAUGUGGUAUGGGGUCCUUGGGACUCGGGAGUUGUUACAGAGAUCAUACAAAAAUCUGGAACAAAGAGUUCAACUUGAGUGUGAUGGGCAGUAUAUUCCUCUACCCAGUUUACAAGGCAUAGCAGUGUUGAACAUCCCUAGCUACGCAGGAGGCACCAACUUCUGGGGCGGAACCAAAGAGGAUGAUAUAUUUGCUGCACCCUCAUUUGAUGACAAGAUCCUGGAAGUUGUCGCCGUCUUUGACAGUGUGCAGAUGGCAGUAUCAAGGGUCAUUAAGCUGCAGCAUCACCGGAUAGCACAGUGCCGCACGGUAAAGAUCACUAUAUUUGGUGAUGAGGGAGUCCCCGUGCAGGUGGAUGGUGAAGCCUGGGUUCAGCCUCCAGGGAUCAUCAAAAUUGUGCACAAAAACAGAGCUCAGAUGCUAACAAGAGACAGAGCCUUUGAGAGCACUCUGAAGUCUUGGGAAGACAAGCAGAAGUGUGACUCUGGUAAGCCAGUUCUUCGGACCAACCUGUACAUCCAUCCCGCCGCUGACCUGGCAACAGAAGAGGUGUCUCAGAUGCGGCUCUGCUCCCAGGCAGCAGAGGAACUCAUUACUAGGAUUUGUGACGCAGCCACGAUUCACUGUCUCCUGGAGCAGGAACUGGCUCAUGCCGUAAAUGCAUGCUCUCAUGCCCUGAACAAAGCCAACCCCCGCUUCCCGGAGAGUCUCACAAGAGACACGGCCACUGAAAUAGCCAUCAACGUCAAGGCGCUGUAUAAUGAAACAGAGUCCUUGCUGGUUGGCAGGGUUCCUUUGAACAGAUGUGAAAAACCAUCUAAUCACUUUCCUUAUACUAAAAGAAAAAUGCAGUUGGAAUCUCCCCACGAAGAGCGGGUGUCCAGUGCCUUACACUCUGUGGAGGUGGAGCUGCAGAAGUUAACGGAGAUCCCCUGGCUUUAUUACAUCCUCCGCCCCAAUGAGGAUGAGGAACCUCCUAUGGAUUGCACCAAAAGAAACAGCAAAAGCACAGUCUUUCGUAUCGUGCCAAAGUUUAAAAAGGAAAAGGCUCAGAAACAGAAAACAAGUUCACAGCCUGUUCAGAAUUGGGGCACAGAGGAAGUUGCUGCUUGGCUGGAUCUGAUCAAUUUGGGAGAGUACAAAGAGAUCUUCAUCCGUCAUGACAUCAGAGGGGCUGAACUUUUGCAUCUGGAAAGACGAGACCUUAAGGACCUGGGGAUACCGAAAGUGGGUCAUAUGAAGCGAAUUCUCCAGGGAAUUAAAGAGCUUGAAAGGAACCCUCCCAACUUGGUCUGAGGUGUGGUCAUACCGGUGCUAUUUCCUGGAAGAGAAGUCCUCGGGACUCAAUACAGAGUUCUUGGAAGCCACUGGCUGUUCUUUCGAUUUACUGGUAGAUAAGCACCGCUGAAGCACCUCUCUAGAUGGAUGUUUUGCUGUGGGUGAAAGUUUUGAUUUGAGGUAUUAGAAAAUAAGUUUUGUGCCAAAAAAAAAACAACCCAAAACCCAAUCCCUUCCACAAAGCCAUUUUAUUAUUGUGCAAACCUGACAUGCUCGAAAAUGCUUGCUGUAGUGAAGGGUUGGGGGAGGGGCAUGGGGGAGACAGUUGCCUUGUUUAAAGGUGGAAUUGCUUGCUCAUCCUCCCUUCUUAGAGGUGGGGGCCAGCAGGAGGCUCGUUCCUGUGUGCUCCUGCAGCUGUGUUAACAGUGUGCAGCUGAAACUUCUCAGGCUUCCUUAGUGAAGGCUUUGGCUCCUUCCUAGACACGGUUAGGAGGUGACGAUAGGAAUUGUAGUUUGAGUCUUUUCACCCUAAGUUCCCGUUAUCCACUGGUCAAAGAAUACAGUGAGACCAACCCAUCACAUACUAUGAAUGAAGCAAAUGUCGUACACAGUGUUCCUACCCGAGUUGUCUUUCUUUUUCUUGCAUGUCACAAGAAAUAUUGCUGUAGUGCUUCAGUAGCUUUAAUAUCUGUUAUAAUGGAAUUUAAUUUAUUACUACCCAACUUCCCAAGCACUUUCUAGCUAGUUAAGGGCACUUUUCCUCAGUGUGAACUCUGAACAUUUCAUCUGUGCCAUGAUCAACCAAUGAUAUACAUCUUACACAAACCAAAUUUAUUUGCCUGUCCCAAGCCAUAGGUGUAUGCACUAAGAGGAUUGUUGGGUGUUUUCAUAAGCUUUACAUGUUCUCUUGCCUAACAAAACUUACUACAACUUUCCAAACCCAAAUCCUCGCAUUUUGUUCCCAGUUUUCCUUUCAUUUCAAUUUAAUAACCAUUUUGAGUUUCUGCUUGAAUUUGUAAGACUGUUGACACCUAGGAAUUGUCCUAGGCCUCAGCUGAGAUUUGCACCUGAAGCAAUUAUUGACAUGAACUCCCCAAUGGAAGAAAUUUAGUUUUGUUUCUUAAGGGCUUUUUGUAUUAUUAUCUCACAUACAUUUUGAUAACCUGUCAGGUAGACAUUAUUUUCCUUUUCUUAAACCAUUAUAUGUCAGUAUUGCUCAAUAGAAUUAUCAAGUAUUUGAAAGCCAAAGGUAUAGAUGCCAAAAAAGUAAAAAAAAAAAAAAAUCUUUGUGUUUUCUGGUCAUUAUAUGCCAAAAAUCAAUUGGGGUAUUAGAAAUUUCUGUAUAUGAGAAGCAAGCAGGCUGUUGAUCCAACAGAGACAUUUUUGAUAAAGUGAUCUUCUAGGUGCUCGGUAGAUAAAUAUACCCACACAUGUGUACACAUGCAUACCCAUAUACCUUUACCUGUAUACAUGCACUUACUUACCUGUUGUCUUGAGAUACAGCAUCCAUGACACUUUCUAGACAAUCAUUUGCCCAAUGUUUGACAUUUUAUUUUUGUUUCUAGCUUGGGUAUUUACUAGUGUAAAAAAAAAAUCACAAAUUUUAGAUACCUUAAAAAUAAGUGAGGGUCUGGCCUGAAGUUCAGUGGCGAAUGAACAGGCAGAGCUAUGGCUCCAUCCAUAGCAGGGUGAAAAAAAAUCAGCUGACAACCUCCAUGGGUUCCUGACCAUAUAAGUAUGUCUGACUAUAUAUUUUUUACCUAAGGCGUACACAAUGGAAGUUUUCUAAAGAUAAUUUGUGUCAGGGCAUUUGAGCUGAUAAUAAGCCAGUUACUUGAUAAUUUUAGUGUUGUGCAUACCUGUGAAGUUGAAGGUGUCCUUUGCAGUCCCUUUUGUGUACCCCUGGUGAGUACCUUGCCAGCAGUUCCUGUGAACCAGAUUAUCAGAUGCCAGAUUCCCAGAGCUCUCCCCGCUCAGGUCAUCCUUCAGGAGAAACGGCUACGGGUAAGGAAGGGACUCCAGCAUAAAGAGUGUAUUAAUAUAAAAACCAUUGUUGGGUUUUCACCUUAUCCAAAAUACAACUUUGUCAACAGAAAGAAAAAAAAAAUGUUCUGAUGGCUACUUCCCUAGGGGUGAGCAGUGAUUGACUUUUCUCUUGUUGGGUAAUCUUUUCGGUUCCUGCUAACACCUUUUAUGUACUCUGUAAAAUCCCCCGACUCAUGGGAAGUUUAAGUACAGGACUUUGAGAUGACAAGAAUCCUUUAAGGUGACAAUUUGGAUGAGCGGUUUGGUCCCCUGUGAACACUUUUCUCUGUAAUCCAUGUCCCCAUGUGUCAGGGCUGGAUGCCAGUGAGUGCUCUCAGAGACUCCAUCAGUCUCGGCUACUGUCCUAACGAAACCAUUUCAUCCAAGGUAGGGUUUCAAAGACAGGACAGUGGGCAUUGCCUCUCACUAAGAUCCAGUCACAUCUGGGGUGCAGAGGAGUAUGUCUUAGAUACUGGCUCACCUGUGCACCUGCCUGUAGCUUGCUUUUCUCUCUGCCAGUUAUUUAAGGCUCAUUUGUUUUCCCCCUUAGAAAGAAAAGAACAGAGGCAGGCUUAAGUAAAACUCCAGGUGACUCAAAUGACUCAUCCAUAUUUGCCCAAAUUCUCACUGCUAUCUACUCCCCUUUCUCCAUUACCCUAGGAAACCUUUUACCGCCCUGAUUUGUUUGUUUGGUUGGUUGUUUGUUUGUUUAAUGUCAUAGGUCAUUUAGCAAACUGUUGCAGGCAAUUAAACAAAUUUCCAGUUUGCUAGGUAGUUGGAAUGAAUUAAUGGGUCAGGUCAUUUGGAGAUCUACCACUGAGGUUGAGGCGAGACAAACUGGAUGUUCAGGUCAGUGGUGUCUGGCAUUUUAGCCACUGGAUGCCUGUUUAAAUUUAAGUUUAUUCUUACUAGAAACUUCACUCAUUAAUUGCACUACCCACAUUUUGAGUGCCCUGUAGCCACAAAUGUAGAACGUUUCCACCAUUGCAAAAAUACUCCAUUUGAGGCAAUGGAGGAGGUCAUUGCUACUCAAAAUGUGGUUCCUGGACCAUCAGCAUUAAUGUUAUUUGGGAGCUUACAAAAAUUGCAGAAUCUUAGAGCUGACAAGAUGGUUCAGUGGGUCUGGCAACAAGUUUGAUGCCAGGUGCUAUAUAAAAGUGGGAGGAGAAAACCCCUUAUAGAUUCGUCCUUUCUCCUCAGUAUACCCACUCUGAUAUGCUCACCCACAUGUGCCAUGCAUAUGCACACAAUAAUAAAUAAACACAUUUUUUUGAAUGCAGAACCUCAGGUCCUCCCCAGGUCUGCUGAAUCCAUAUUUUCAUUUUAGUCACAUUUCUCGGCUCUCUCCAUUCCUCAGAGACUUUAAGCUGCCACUGAUCCAUCCACAUUGGCUCAGUUUGUUACUCAUGUGGUAUCUUAAGUUGCUCAUGACUUAAUUCACACUGAACAUUCCAGAAGAAUAUGUACUGAGAUAAAGAUUAGGCAGUCUCCUUCAACUUGUACAUUUUCAUUUUCUCAUAUCAGUAGAUUAUCCUGUUGACAUUGUUCACGCUGGAAGGCACAUAGCAGCCCACAUAUUAAAUGAGUCAUUUGGUAUACAAAAGAACAAAACCAGAGAAAGAAUCAAAAUGAUUUCAAGAAAAGUCAGUGUCACUUAAACUCUGAAAGCAGGCAUAUUUUUAGAUUUGGAUCUCUUUAUCUUAUGCUGACAUCUUGAUUUUUCACAGGGUUCAUAAUCUCUUAAAAAUCGUUCCUGAAAAAUAAUGUUCUUGGCCUUCAAUCUCAAACUGUUUAAUCCUAUAAUGAGAUUUUUUUCCUGCAAUGAUUUAUUGUCAGGAAUCUGUCCCUUAAUUAUUUUGAUAUAAAUUACCAAACAUAGCUUCCUAGCUACUUUGAUACAUAAGGUCUUACUACUUUUGACUCUGUGGGUUAAUUUGACAUGAAUUGACAAGCUGUGAAUUGAGAAAUUAUAGGCAAUACCAUGCCUCUAUGCAUCACUUCAAGAGUAAAUCAUUUACAGCUCCAGCUGAGCUAGAGAACCUUCAUUUUCCAAGGGUGAGUUGUUUGGGGAUAUCAAUUUUAAUUUAGCUGUAAAACCAGUUCCCUUUCCACCUCUGACAUCCAAAGUCUCUCUUGGCUCUCCCACCUCAGUGGAUACAUCCUCUGUCAGUUGAAGUUGAUGUUCAAACACCAAGCUCUUCCCAGCAUAGGUGGGGAGAAAAGGAAUUAGAAGUGAAACUUCCUCACAGGAGCUGCUGAGCAGUGGGAUAGUCUUUGCUAAGUUGCUUCCACAACUUGGCUGCCUGGCCUCCCCUACUGCUACUGCCCCACCCCAAGAGUAGUGAGCCCUUCCUCUCCUUUGUUUCUGCUGUGGUGUCCUCGGUUGACUUUGGUAAUGAUACCUUAGCAAUAGGAGUCCUUCACAAAGAAGCAACUAGAACUCUUAGAGAGUGAUAAUUAUUGUUUUUUUAUAGUAAGCAAAACAUUAUUUUUCUUUAUUAUUUUCCCAGGUUUUGUUUAGAGAUGUUUAUGUUAGAAGAAAAUAUAUAAAGUUUUGUUGAUACAGAGAACUAAAGACAGCUGGACUGUACCUGCCUUUUUCUGUAGUUGUCUCUGUUAUUUUCAGGUAAAGAAAUUAAACAGAGUUGCCAAGACUGCAUUAGCUCAAUAACAAUGCUUAGGAUAGACUCCAUAUUAUAUAUUAUAGGUGAACAACUUACUUCCUUUUAUGUAAUUUAAGAUGCUAUAUUUUACAUUAUUUAAUAUAUUCCUAAUUUUUUGCACUUCCAAGUUUUAGUUGGAAAAUAAAAACCUAGCCACAGCUUUAAACUUAUUUAAAAGUCCAUGUAAAAAAUAUUUUCCUUUUAGCUACCAAUUACGCUUUGUGUAAGACUUUGUGAAUAGUCUGGGUAUUUCAUACUAUCUAGAUUUCAAGAAUACAUUAACCAACAGAACACAGGGUUGCUUAUAAAAUGCAUUAAAAUAAAGACAUUUCAUAUUCAACAGAUGCUAUCAAACUAGGAUAAUGCAGUUAAGUAUUUAGCCAAAAAGGAAGGGGAAUGUGUUUUAUGACCCUUACUAUCUGACUGCACUGUUGUUCCACACAGCUUAGCCAUUUCUGCUUCUACUCUGAGCACUAAACAUAUGCAGCUGAUGGCUGCUAUAGUGCUGAGAACUGCUGACUAGUGAUGUGGAAGGUUCGGGUAUUACAGCGCGCCCAGUCUUGUGAGUUGUAUAUUGUAUACUGGAGAUGACUAAUACAUUGAAGUAAUAUAUUUAUCUGGAGCUGGUAAAUAUGAAAAUCGUUUUCAAGCCUUCAAGUAAAUUGCAUUGACUUUUCUCUUUCAAUGAGAUUGAAAAGUCAUUUGUAUGUUUAAAUCUAUUUGUACAACAGCUGUCUCCUUUACUGGUAUUAUUAAUUUUCAUAUUACAAGUUUUCUUACCUUUUUAUACCAAAAGAAUUAUCAUACUGGUUAUUCAAACUUGCCAAGAUGUAUUUGAGUUUGCAAGACUUUUGGCAGAUAAAAUAUUUAAUAACAGAUACAAAAGCUUUGUAUAUUUUGUGGCUUUGGGGGCAAGAAUUGUACCUUUGAAUUUCUCUCUGUGAGACAGUGCUGGCGUCAGCACCAUCCCUUGAAGGCAGUAUUACUUAGAACCAGUUGUAUAAAUCAGUGCCCUUAUUUAUUAUGUUGUGAAAUGUACUCUUUAUACAGAAUACUUAUUGGAGCUCCUUUCAUUUUUACUGCUGUUGCCUGGAGUGUAAUAGCUCUGUUAAUGGUUAACUUAUAUACUUGAAAUGCUCAUUUCUGUCAAACAGAUGCCCAGUGUUUUCUUCCUAUUUUCUUUCUUGUCUUAGGUAACUGAACAGUCAUAGGAACUUUUCUACAAAAUGGUGUUUAUAUCUUAAAAAGGCACAAAGCAGAAAGAAAGCACGAAAAUGAAUAAUGUAGUCAGGAGAUCCAUUAUGCUAUAUUUUGCCCAGUUUAUGUUAUGUCUUCAAUCUGUAACUCUUUUCUUAAAGUAGACUUUUAAUUUCUGUGGUGGGGACAUGUCUGUGAUUGCACUGGCCAAUUCCAAUAAGCAUUGACUCUCGAGUCCUCCCAAAGAUCUCAUACCUCUGAUGUCUAGCCCUUGGUUCCAAAGCCUAUGCUUGAAGUCUGUUUCCGUCUGAUUUUGGGUACACUAUAAACGGUACCUAUGGUGGGUAACUUCUUGUUUCUGUCAAAUAACCAGAAAGUUUAAGUAAGUUUUUCAUGAUUUCCAUUUGGAGACAUUCUUGAUUCCACUGUUUAAAACCCCAAACAUUUAAAACGCACCUGCACAGCAUACCGUGCAGAAUAAAUUCACUUGUCUUCAGGGAAAGAAGAAAAAUCCUACUGAAUGUUUUAAAGCAAAGAAAACACUUUAAUCCCUAAAUCCAACUGUUUUCUAGUUUAUGAUAUGAACAUCAGGUAAACUUUGAGUUGUUUAAACCUAUUAGGAAAUUAAGGAUUCAUUUUCUUUAAUGACAGAACUUUAUAGUAUACUGUUGUAGAUGCAUUUAUGGGGCAUAGAAAAAAUGAGAGUGUGUUAGAAGCUAGAUAAUACAGGAACUUGAGGCAAUUUGGCAAGGCCCUAAAACAAAGAGUUUGAACAUAUUUCAUGUUGCAUUGUAGGACAGAGCACACAUAAAAUGGGUGACAUGGUGGGCACUGCCCCUCAGAAAGUGUUCCAUUGGUGAAGUCUGAAGUCCUUCCUUGAAGUUAGCUAAGUAACUCUCCCAGGAGCCCAUUUUACUGUAGAAAUUUACAGGCAAAUUAAGGAGGCAGUUGGAGUGACCUAAUCUCUAUGACAUUUAGAGCAGAUCCUGAAAAUGUUUAUUUCACAGUAUAGAGAUGUCUGUGCUUUCUUAACUCAGCAGUAGACACAGGGAAACUAGUCACAGGGGCCUAGAUGGUUCCUGUAAAGGGCAUGGUAAAAGUGACUCAUGAACACCAAAGAAAUUUUCAUGAAUUAGCUGAGCCUUGAAAUGUGUUACAUUUCCUUAAUCUUUUUUUUUUUAGUUUAUAGUAUUUAUAUAGAACUGAACUCUUGGAUUCUCAAGAGGUUCAUUUGGUUACACCUUGUCAAUGGCUCAUUGUGUCUUUUGGGUUCCUGAUUCAAAGAGUUGCCCAACACUGCCAGUUAGUAGUAAUUUAUCAUUUUUCUACUGUAAGAAAGAACAGAUAUCAGCAUGAGUCCUACUUAAUUUACCAUUUCUUUCCCAGUGUCACUUUAGUUAGAAAGAAAGGCAUCCCAGUUCUAACAGGAAGAAGAAAUCUAGUAACCUCUGACAUUCUACGUGGAAGUGAAGGCCAGUGGCUCAGUGGUAGAGUGCUUGUUUUCCAAGUUUGAAGCCCUGGUUCAAUCCCGACAUUGCAAGAGUAGUAACAAACAAAUGAAAAUGAGGUCGAAUGAGUAACAUCUGCCCAGAGUGGGUUAUGGGUCUUUUAAUCUGUGUAUUAUUGAUUUUAGCUAGAAACUCACUCUGAAAUCUUCAAACAUUUAAGGUAGUUGCAGGUUUUCUGUCUUCAUGUUAAAUGGCUAUUUUAUUGAGAUAAUAGUUUUCAGGAAGGCCCUCACAUACUUCCUUAGAGUAAUUUCCCCAAGAAGAGACACAUCAUGAAAGCAGUAGAUUAGAAGUGAGGCAACAGGCUUCCUUGCCGGCUUUCUCCUGUGAUACUAUUGUUUUGAUAUUUAAGCACCUUCCAAAAUGGCAUCUCUGAUGUAGAGCAUGGCCUCCUCACUACAUUCUCUGACUUGGAAUAGUAUUCCUUUGUGCAGUGCACCUCCAAAAACAUCCCUCAAGAAACAGAAGCAGAUGUUGUCCUAAUUAUUCCCAUCGUGGAAACCCAGGACAAGUUCAUUAGAAAUCAGGCUGACUGCAGUUGAAGACAAGGGUCUCUGUCUCUGUCUCUGUCUCUGUCUGUCUGUCUGUCUGUCUCUCUCUCUCUCUCUCUCUCUGUGUGUGUGUGUGUGUGUGUGUGUGUGUGUGUGUGUAAGCGAAAUCUGACUGCAGUUAAAGAUGGGAGUGAGCCGGGCGUUGGUGGCUCACACCUUUAAUCCCAGCACUCGGGAGGCAGAGGCAGGUGGAUCUCUGUGAGUCCGAGGCCAUCCUGGUCUACAAAGCGAGUUCCAGGAGAGCCUCCAAAACAAUACAGAGAAACCCUGUCUCGAAAAACCAAAAAUAAAUAAAUAAAUAAAAAAUAAAGAUGGGAGUAAGCAAAACAUGAGCUUAUUUUCACAUGACAUUUUGAUCUAGUCACUAGCUGAUUUUUCCUUUGAUUUUAGCCAAUCAGUGAAGAAGCCAUACCAGCUGCUUUCUGUUCUGAUACGUUCUUUGUCAAAUCUGGCAGUUAUUAUAGCAUAGCUUGAUAUUUCAGAGCUCCUCGGCUUCCCUUCCCCCAGUAUUGGGAUUCUAGGAAGAUUAACACUAUAUGACAUAAGGAAAAAAGACUGAACUGGAAUUCAUUUGCAUGCCUUGUGUUUGAGUUUCUUCGUAAUUUGAGAUAUGGACUUAACACAUGGUCAUAUCCCAGGCUGGCCUCAAACUCACUAAGUAGCUCAGGAUAUUCUCCAACUUGUAAUUUCUUCACCACAGCCUCCCAUAGCAUGUUGCUGUUAUUUCUCUGUCACAAUAAUGACAACUUUCAGGAUGACAGAUCUCUAAGUGAUGAUUAUUCUAGAAUGAUUUGGUACUUUGAGAGAAGUCAUUUUGCUGGGAAUUUAUUUCCCCCAGUGACCUGCCACAGACACCUGCUGUAGAGAUGACCCUGCUGUACCUGAAAUUCAGUCUAACUACAACACUUGUCCGAUUACAGAUGUCAUUUGAGUAGCACCAGUGUUUUCAUGUGCUCAUGAGAAAGGUCUUGGUACCCACAGUUCUUUUGUCCUCUCAACUUUUGCUUACAAACCUUCAGAAAGAUGACACUGUUUAUGACAACAUUAUGAAAAUUGUGUUUCUCUGACAAGAAUUUAUAACAAAAUAUGGAAAAAAUGUUUCAUCCUAACGGAGGUUUUGUAUUAUGUAAGUAAGUUAUUUUAUAGGUUGUUUUUGGUAUUUAUUGCAGCCAUAUAUUUCUUUUUUACCAUCCCAGAAGUUCGGAUGGUGUCUUGAGUUCUGCACCUCCUUAGUUGCACUAAAGUAGUAAUUCCACUGUCUUCCCCUCUUUCGUCAUUUCUUUUUCUUUCCUGUCCUUUUGCUAAUUGUUCAGCAACCCGAUUUCUUCCAUUUUCUCUUCCCAGAGUACAGAGACACACGCUUUGUCUUCUCUUUGCUAAAAGUCCGUGAGUAGGUUUCCCGUCCCUUAGCAAUGUGGAUUAGAGACCUUAGGACUUUGCCUCAAGAAUGGCUAUUGAGCACACUGCAAGGGAGCAAAGGGCGGCUCAGUGAGUCCAGUGCUGCCUACCCCGCCACACUGUGGGCAUCCUCUACCCUUUGCUAGCCUAGCCCAGGAAUGUGGAACAGUUCCAGUGUGUGGGUUCAGUACCUUGGCAUAAUGGCAUGCCACAGGUCAGCUCAUCCAAGGAACAGUGCAAAUUUAGUGGUCUGUGAAGCACUGUUGGAUGGCCUCCAACUUGGAAUGCUUUGCUUCAGUCUUCCUAUAGCAUGAUUUUGUUAGUUGUUUUUGUUUAAUCCAUCUCAAUGAUAGCUUAACAUUCAGGCCAGUAUUUCAUCUAUGCUUCAUGUAUAUUCAGAGUUCCAUUGUUAAUAUCAUACUUAGAUACACAUGUGCUUGCACACACACACACACACACACACACACACACACACACCUCCCACUGAUUUUGUUAUUUUGUAGUCCCAGGAUCUAACUAGUAUGUAACAGUACUAAUGUUUUUGAAUUAUAUUUUUAUAUGGUCACAAAUAAAAACUCAGAACACCUUGGGAGUCUUGUGUUUGCAAGGAUAUAUGCUCUGAGAAGAUUAAAGAGGACAUCAAUGGGCAAAAGCAAUGUUUUGUCAAGGAUCAUCAUUUGUUAAUCACAUUUCUUUACAUCAGAAGUAUUUCCCAGAUCUGAAUUCUUGUUUCUAAAAGUGAGAUAUAAAUUACAACAUCACUGCCAAAAUCUUGCUUGUAAUUAUACACUUGCCCUACAGAUCAUCUGUCUUUUUAUUCAUAACUCAAUACUUAGAAUCUUCACAGACAUAUAUAUUGAUUAUGAGACUUGGAAAAGGAUAUAGACAGUAAUAAAGGUGAAAAAUUUUUUAAAGUAUUUACUCAAGAAGGAAAAGGAAAAAUUCAUCUGAUUUCAGGCCAUUUACCUUUAAUGAUUAUUGCAUUACAAAUAUAAGAAGACCUGUGACUAUUUAAUACUCUUAAAAACCCUAGAGACUAAAAAAUUACUUUUACCUAUAGGCCUGUUUUCCUUUAUGAAUCUCUGAAGCCAUCCUACCAUGUCCCCAAACAAUGAUAAAAGUUAGCACAGCCGUCUUUAAGCUAAAUUUCCUUAGUAAUAAAUUUCUUGAUGAACACUAGUCAGGGCAUGCAGUAAAAGUGGAGUUCUUUGUCUCUUUUAGGCCCUUGGUAAACUUUUCCUACCUGCAAUAACCUUGGCACUCACUUAGAUGCUGAAGAUGGAGAAUAAGACAGGACUCCUUUCUGGUAGAGUUUAAAUUCAUUCUCAAAUUGUUCUUCCUAAUGUCUGUUUAAAGAAGUGAGGAGGGAUUUUUUUUUAAAGGUUUUUCCUCAGGUUAUUUCAGUCGAGUCUCCUCCCACCCCACCAUCCUCCCAAACUAACCAAAUCGUAGUCAUCAAGAAGCAACCCCAUUUUUAUUUCCACAGCUGUUAAAUUUUCAUGUCAGCCAUAGUUCCGGCCAUCAUUGAUCAAGUGUGUGCUUCAUUAAAUCUGUACUGCACUAUUUCUGCUACUAAAGGGGCUGUGCUGGACUCCAGCAGCACCUGCUUUAUAGAAUGGGUAAAUCUCAGGUUUACUUGGGGAAGGCAGAAAUUCAUGACAUUCAUCGCAAAAUACAUGAGGUCACAUUAUAAACCCACAGGAGAGGAUGGCGGUCACACGGUCAUGCUUUCCUAGGAGGUGGGAAAGCUCUGUUUGAAGCUGCAGGUUGAUGUUAGCACCUUAGGUAUGAAGAGCAGGAAGUAAUGGAAUUUAACAGGUAGCAUAUGCAUCUCAGCAUAUAGUAAUAAACUAGUAUUUGUAUGCCACAAGGUUCUGAUGUAGAUGAAACAGCAAAUGUUUGAGUUAUGAUAUGGACUUCUAAAUAUUGGUGGGUAGGCUAUAAGUUUCCUUUAUGAGAAUGAGGAAAUACAUUGUCUUUAUCUUUGCUAUCAGUAAGGUUUUGGGUGGGGGGUUUUCUGCUUUGUAUUUUCACAUUUCAGUAAGCAUAUACUGAAAUCACUGUUUCCCAUCAUAAAAUACCAAACAUUUCUAUGUCCCUUAGCAAAAGAAAGAUCUCAACUUCAUAACUCUAUGCUUAGUUCAACUUUGUAAAAGGCCCACAGGAGAAGGCGUCAAGGAGGCUGGGCACUGUAGCCUUCUACCCAGAACAUUCAUUUCAUUUUCACUAAAGAUAAUCAGAACUUACUUCCCUCCUGUUAUCAUCAUGGUAAAAACCCAACAGCAUAGUUCCUUCUCCUCCUUAUAUUGCAAAAGGUAGUUUUAAUUUAGUCUUGCCAUAUUUAUAGCUAAGAAUUUACUACAUUUUGGUAGUCUGUUUUGAAACUAAAUACUUAUAUCUGAAAGAUGCAGAUAAAGUCUGCCUAUUUAUUACACAGUGGGCUCUGUUUGCUACAGAAAAGAGUGAAACUUUUACCUGCUUAGCACACUUGCCAUUGAAAUAUACCUGACAGAGCAGAGGUUAUAACUUUGGCUCUAAUUACUUUUAAUAAUGAUAAGACGUGAGUUUUGUUUGUUUACAUGCUGUUUACAAUGGCAUAAUUUUUAAAAUCUAUAUGACAAUUGAGAUAUUUAUUGCAUACUAUUUUAAAGAUGUUUAAUGUGUUUUCACCUUUGGAAUAUAUUGUUACAUUUCCUUGUACAGAUAAUUUGGGUGGCUUUGUUAAUGUAGCUAAUAAUUUUUAUGACUACUAAGUGACCAGUUUCGGUGCCUUCUAUUGUGGGAUGCAUGACUAUGUAUUUAUUGUAAGGAAGUCACUGGUGUGUGUAUUUUUGUACUUUGCUGAGAGUAAUGGUUGAUGUACAUGAUGAGAGAUGUCUUUCCCAAAGGGCACUGCUUUCAGAGCGACCUUCUCAAAUAAAAAAGACUGCAUUUGAA